ACCGCAGCACGACGACAGUUGCGAAGAGUUCAAUCACUUCACCGACGAUCCGACGUCGUGCGUCGGCCAAAAAAGAAUGAUGGUUAGCCGACUGUGGAACAGUUGCUUCCCCAAAUUCACGCCGGAGCAUGUGCACCGGCACAAUUUUUACCUAUGCCAGUGGCAGCGCAACACUCAAGUGCGCAUCGUCUAUCUUUUCUACCGCUGGCUAACGGCAAUUACCUGCUUAGCGGCGCUUGUCUGCUCACUACUCGACAUCGGGCGCACCGAAGAGCAUUUCGAAAACCACUAUGCGAAGUGGUGGAUCUACCUGACACAUUGGGGUCUGCUCUUUUGCACGGUGCAAGCAUGGCUAGCGGCGUGGAUUGUUACGCAGGGCAUGAUGGUUGAACGUGAAGACUUUGAGGUUGUGCGUCAAGCGCGAAAGAGUCGCCUACAUCACAUAUACUGGGUGCUAUACACAUGUGCGACUGUGUAUUCGUUCAUCAUCACGAUGGUUUAUUGGUUGCUGGUGCAUGACCCAGAAAUUCACAAAAUAGACGCUUUAAAUAUAAUGGUGCAUGUGUUCAAUUCGGUGAUUAUGCUCAUCGAUUUAGCUAUUGUCGGACAUCCGAUUAAAUUGAGUCAUGUCUACUUUACGACCGGCAUCGGCUUGGCCUAUGGCAUAUUUACGGGCAUUUAUUUCUUGGCUGGUGGCACCGAUAGAAAAAACAAUGUCUACAUCUAUCCCAUGCUGGACUGGACCAAACCGGGCAAGGCCAUCAUUGUCACGGUGUGUGCCAUCAUAUUCGUCUUUGUGGUGCACUUCUGUUGCUAUCUCCUCUACCGUACGCGCGUCUGGCUCUUCACUAAGCUCUGCAUACGUGGCGCGCACAACCGCGAUGGCGACAUGGGCGAAGGGCUGCACGACGAAUCGACGGCGCGUCUAGGUGGCGGCACUUCACAGGAGUAUUCACAUCAGCAACAGUAUCCGAUACUGCAUUCGGAGCAACCGCGCACCUCCACACACCACCACCAUCAGCAUACGCAGCGUCAGCAACACCAACAGCAACAGCAACAGCAACAGCAGCAGCAUCCUCAAAGUCAGUCUGGCGGAAAUGUACAAACUGUAGACAUGAUGAGCGGCGGUGGCGGUGGUGUCAGCGCCACGCAACAUACAACGCCGCCUUAUUAUCCGCAAUACUCUGGGUACCAGCAACAGCCGGUGGUGGCGGGUGUCAAUGUUGGUGUACUCAGCGCUGGUGGCUACUAUCAAUCGGAAAAUAACAAUAAAAAUAAACAGCAGCAACAACAACAACAGCAGCAGCAACAGCAGCAGUCGCAGCAACAACAAAAACAUUCCUCAACAACAACUGCCGCAUCCGGUUUAACUCGCACCGUGGCCCAUUUAGAUGCGGCACAGCGUGAGCAAUUCCUAAAUCCAAACAAGAUUGUGGAAUACAAAAUGUAAAGGCGUUGUACCCGGCACCGAUAUACGUUCCACUUGUCCAUGAAAUUCUUGGAGAAACACUGUGAGCAAUGUCAGGCGGCAAAGCGACGCGCCGAGGCGGAAGUGCAUGCCAAGGCGCAGGCACAGGCGGCGGCGGAAGCGGCAGCCGAGGCGGCAGAAAUAGCAGCGGCCGCAGCAUUAGAAGCAGCUGCCAAAGUCAAAUCAGAAUGCGCGAAAUGUUGUUGAGCGCUGAAUGCGUGAGACAAAAGUUGAAUCGGUGCAGCAUUCGAUGAAAGCAGCCCGAUUGGUCAGUGUUGGCAGCGCUGGCUGGCGUCACAGUGUAAGCGACGUUAUAAUGAGCUCUCGUUGUUGUUGUUUAGGUUUAAUUUUAAGGGGUUGGCGGACAGAGUGGUUGAACGAUCGGUGGCUUCGUUAUGUUGGUGUCGGGUAUAGACGUUGGUUUGCCUGACAGAUGGUACAAGCGAACGUAGGCGCUAAGCUUGAAAUUGAAAAA